AUGAAUACACCACCACUUAAUGAGACUAAGCUAGUAGAUAAAAGAAAUACUCAUGUUAAAACUAGCUGGAUUUGGGAUUAUUGGAUUGAAGAUGUAUGUGUAAAACAAGGUCAACAGCGUCAAAUAAUAAUUUGUCAAGUUAUUAUAGAUGAUAAUCAAAAUAUAUGUGGAAAAACAUAUAUUCGAAGUCGUGGCUCUACUGGUAAUGCAACAUCUCAUUUAAGAAAUCAGCAUAGAAUUACUAAAGAUGGUAAAAUUGAUAAGUCAGAUGAUUUAGAACAAGAUGUAAUGGUGCACAGGCGUCAAUAUUCAAAAGAAAAACAACAAGAAUUAUGCCAAUUUCUUGUUGAUUAG